GUUUCAAGAAUUGCUGACAAUAAAAAUCGAACCACAUACCUUAAAUGAUAACAAACUCUUAAAUCUCAGGCCAAGACCACCAGGCCACCAGCCCGACCUUAGACUUUUGAUCUCCAUUAUAUAUCUCACCUAAGAAGUGCUCUCUCCUCUUACUAACAAUUCUCGGCUGUUAAUUACAGAUGGAGAACUCUAAGACAUCCAUGAGCUGCAAAUCUAUCUGUCCGAAAGCAAAACCAGAAGAUUGCUCUGACAAUGAAGAGAGUACUUGGACUUUUUAUCUUGAAGACUACUUCUUGCGUGAUAACAAGAAGGAGCAUAAUGGCUAUGAUCUGUCUUCUGGAUAUGGAAGCCCUAAUUCUCUAGUUUCUGAUGCUGCUUCCUCUGUGGGAAAGAAGUCUGCGGAUAAAAAUGGUGAAAAGAGCUUGAGUUUCAAGAAGAGGAAGAAAACUAAGUGGGCUUUGGUUGAUUUUGACGGUCAUGAUCAUGCUUUGCAGGAUACUGCUAGUUCUCCUGCUAAUGGUCCCAAGGUUUGCUGUUUGGAUCAACCUGAUAUGAAUCGACGAGGGAACGAUGAUAUGGAAAAUGUUUCAGAGGAGAAAGGCAAUUCUAUUUCUGGCGGCCAAACAAAUGAGAGAAGUACUCAUAGGGCUGUCCAUGGGCCCGACCCGACCCGACCACCCAACCCGACCCGACCACCAACAUAAAAGCAAGGUGGACGGUUAUUUAAUUUGAUGGUAACUGAAAUCUUUGCCAAUAACUAUGGUGGAGGCUGUCGGGCGUUUUCCAGAUUCAAGUCAUAAUUAGUCGUGUUCCAGAUUCCAAACUUCAAAGUUCCAAAACCAACCCGCGCGACCACCAUGUUCGCGCGGACGGGCUCAGGUGAGAAUAUGAGAAAUCCGAAGUUUGGUCAAUCGGGUCAAAACUGACCUGAACCCGAUAGGAACCGACCCGUGGACAGCCCAGAGAAGUGAUUGGGUAUGGUUGGAAAGCCGGAUAACAAUUGAAAAGAGGGCUUUGGCAACUGGCAAGUAGAGUGGUAACUUCUUCUUUUUUUAUCACGUUGAGUGGUAAUUUAGUGGUAGGUAGGCACCAUGUACUGCUACGCAUCUAACUAAGAUUCAAAAUUUCAA